AUGGUGCCGAUGGAUGCGACUUUUACACCCUAUAAACCUACAAGUGCCGAAAACCCCUCAAACAGCGACCGACCAACCAACGGCCGGAUCUACGUUCUCAAAUUCUCCUCAAGCUCCCAGAGGUUUCUUUUUUGGUUGCAAUCGAAAACGCAACAUGAACACGGAAAUCCGGCAUGGUUCAGCGCGCGGGACCUUAAACUGGGGCAGAUUGUGAACGGGCUCCUUCAAGGCGAAGAGGUCGAUGUCCAGGCCGCAAUUGCAAGCUUGCCGAGGAACGAUGACCACGAUGAUGAUGAGACUAUGGAAGAUGUUGAGGGAACGGAUCAUAGCCCGGAUCGCCACCGAUUGGGUGGAGGUGGUGCCGGGGCCAGUGCUACAAGCCGAUCGGAUCCAUCUUCAGUCGUUCAGGAUUUCCUUCGAUCGCUUCAAGGGAAUGCUGCUGUGAAAUCUGAGCCAGCCGAAAAACCGUUUACGACACUUAACGAGCUCCUUAUGCCUUCAUCAACCUUACCUCUAGUGGAAUCCGCCAAUAUGAAUGCCGUCGAUAACCUCCUUAAUUUUCUUCCUCCCUCUCUGUUAGUCCUCGCUCAGAAUCUUCAUAUCCCAACGACCGACAUCAGCCCCGAUGAAGCGCAGCAGGCGAUGCGAUCCUUGACUUUAGACCAGAAGAAGGAUAUCCUCAAACGGGUCCUUCGGUCACCCCAAUUCGCCCAGAGCCUUGGCAGUCUUACCAUUGCAUUGCGGGACGGUGGGCUUCCAAGCAUCAGCGAUGCUCUGAAUAUACAGGUGGAAAAUGGGGGAUAUAUGCGUCGCGGCGGCGUGCCCUUGGGGGGCGGAGAUGCUAUACGGGUGUUUCUAGAAGGCGUAAAGUCCCAUGUCAAAGAAACGCCAUGUCCAGAAGAUAGCAUGGAAACAGAUUAG